GCCAGUAUUCUUGCUAAAUGGCUCAUAGGGGACGAAAGCCUGUACUGGUCCCAGGGCCAAUCCUACCACCAAGUACCACUCUACGUACACCUGAGCUUUUGAAACUCCUUUUUUUUUUCACAUGACAAAGGAUGCCAAAACACAAUACUUGGGAGAUACCAGUGAGAACGAAACCGACGCCAUGCUACAAAACGGCACCGAGAUGGUAUCAAAUGACACCAACGGCGAUGCACCUUCGCAAAUCGCCGUCCCCUCCUGGAUCAACGGCAUCGAGGAGACCGGCCCCUCAACCUUCGACGUAAUAAGCCCCUACACCAACACCACCUGCUGGACCAGCACCUCUGCCACCCCCUCCGACGCCCUGCGCGCCGUCGACGCCGCAUCCGCCGCCUUCCCCGCCUGGUCAGCGACCAAGCCCACCGCGCGGCGCGACAUCCUCCUCCGCGCAGCCGACCUCCUCGAGGAGCGCACCGAGGCCAAUGCCGAAAUUAUGCGGACGGAGAUGGGUGCCGACGUAGGCGCCUCGCAGUUCUUCGUCGUGCCCCUCGCUAUCAAGAUGCUCCGCGACGUCGCAGGUCGCAUUACCUCCGUCUGCGGCAGCGUGCCCACUGUGGAAGAGGAGGGCCAGAGCGCCAUCGUGUAUAAGGAGCCCAUGGGUGUCAUCCUCGGGAUAGUACCUUGGAACGCGCCCUACGUCUUUGGCAUCCGCUCCGCCGCCACCGCCCUCGCCGGCGGUAACACCACAGUGCUGAAAUCGUCCGACCUCUCCCCGCGCUGCUACUGGGCCAUUGGAUGCGCAUUCGCCGACGCGGGCCUCCCCGCCGGCUGCCUGAACAUCGUCUCCUGCCGCCCUGCCGACGCGCCCGCUGUCGUCAACGCUAUGAUUGCGCAUCCUGCUGUACGCAAGAUCAACUUCACAGGCAGCACCUCGGUCGGGCGUCGCAUCGCAAAGGAAGCGGGGAUGCAGCUGAAGCCCUGCCUGAUGGAGCUAGGCGGGAAGAACAGCGCCAUUGUAUGCGAAGAUGCUAACCUCGACAUCGCCGUGCAAUCCGUCAUCGCAGGGGCCUUCUUAAACUCCGGCCAAAUCUGCAUGUCCACCGACCGCAUCAUCCUCCACUCCGCCAUCGCCCCCGCGUUCCUCGCAGCCCUCAAAUCAGCGCUCUCCUCCGCCCCGCCAUCUGACGCCCCCACCCUCGUCUCCGCGGCCUCAAAAGCACGCGUCCAAGCCCUUGUCACGUCCUCCCUCGCCGCCGGCGCGCACCUCAUCCACGGCUCCGUCGACGCCGCCGAAUUGGACGAAAAGGCAUCGAGUAUACGCCUUGCACCUGUCGUCGUCGGCGGCGCAGGCGACGAGGAUCCCCUCUGGCUAGAUGAGUCGUUCGCGUCGCUCGCGGCGUGCAGAGUGGUGUCGUCUGACGAGGAGGCGGUGGAGGUCGCGAACAGUGGGGGCUAUGGGCUUUCGGCUGCUGUAUUCACUGAGGACUUGAGGAGGGGGUUUAGGCUUGCGAAGAAGCUGGAAUCGGGGUGA